AUGGAACAUCAUCCCGAAAAUAAUGGGGGAGACACUCCUCUCCACGAAACAAGUUCUUAUCUUCUUAAUGGAACCACUGGCGAAAUCAUGACGGAUAUCAAUACUGAUUUUGAAGCAUAUUCUAAAAUUCAACCGCAUUACAUUGAGCAAAAACAUCAAUACGUCCUUGUUGACAACUAUGUCUCAUACCUGCAUGACCACGAAUUACAUAAACAUGAUCGCGAAUCAGUGAUAGAAGAAAGUCCCAAUCACAGAUAUGCCAAGUUAAAUACAAUCUUAGGUAAAGGUGCAUACAAAGUUGUAUAUAAGGCUAUAGAUCGUGAAGAAGGUUACGAAGUCGCGUGGAACUGUUGUCAGACAACAACGGCAGAAUUCAAUGACUUGAACCAAGAAAUAAAAAUUUUGAAACAAGUUCGACAUCCUAACAUCAUUAAUUUUCAUGAUUGUUGGUACAAGGACACAGAAUUUAUUUUUGUUACGGAAUUGAUGACCUCUGGAACCUUGCGCGAAUACAUUCGUAAACUUUCGCUACCAAAGAUGAAAAUAGUGAAAAGAUGGUCACGCCAAAUACUUAAAGGCCUUAUAUAUCUUCAUUCACAUAAUCCACCAAUUAUUCACCGUGACAUCAAGUGUGAUAAUAUCUUUAUUAAUGGCGCGCAUGGUGAAGUUAAAAUCGGUGACAUGGGAACUGCCAAGAUGAAGUUGGGAAAAAAGUAUACCGUUAUCGGAACUCCCGAGUUCAUGGCACCCGAAAUGUACGAAGAAAAAGGUUAUAACGAGAAGGUGGAUAUUUAUGCGUUUGGAAUGUGCCUUCUUGAAAUGGUGACUGGCGAAUAUCCGUAUAAUGAAUGUAAGAAUCCUGCUCAGAUAUAUAGAAAAGUCACCUCGGGGAUAAAACCGGAGAGUUUAAAAAAAGUUCAGGAUCCGGAAAUCCUGGACUUAAUAUCACAUUGUCUGGAUGCUGAAAAUGAAAGGUUAGAAAAUUACACAGAAGAAAUCCAGUGGAUAAUUAUUCGACCAUGUGAUUGA